GAAGAGUAUCUGCUGCAGCACACACCGCUUUAUCUGUAAUAGUAUUGGGCGCGGAUUCUGAAGGAUACCAUUCGGCCCCGCGUAUUCUAGGCUGUUGAGAUCGUGUUCUCCCAGCCGAACGUUUUUGGACCUUUCACAAGAUGUCGACCAUUUCCACGCAGCUUCGGAACUUCAAAGAACUAGACAAGGAACAACAGAACCUGUUGUUCUUCUCGAUACCAAAUGAUCCUGACGUUGAGAAUGAAUUGAAGGAGGGGCAUGAGAGGAUGGAGAUCAAUGCGGUGUUGAGCUUGGGUGUUCACGGAGAGGAGGACUCUUAUGCAGGAAAGUUACAUUUACUUCCACCAUAUCUUGCAUUCUCGAGCUUGGACCGCAAGUCCGUGCGGUUUACGAUCCCGCUAUGCACCAUCAGACGGGUCGAGAGACUGAACGCACGCGCGGGCAUAUACGCCCUCAGUCUCUCACUAUGGCACUCCAUGAAGAUUGUCGUACAACUAACAUCCCUCCGACCAACCGCGGACUUGUUCUGUUCCCUACUUCGCGACGCUCUCAAAGUUGAACUUCAAGCCGGCAGAAUGAAGGCUGUCAAGGGCUUCGCUAAGACUUGCUACUCGGAGAAUUUGGUGGCGGAAUCAUCGCCGGUGGCGGAGAACGAGAGGGAGGACGGUAGUUUGAUUGAUGGCGGUGAGAAGGAUGGCGAGGGGACAAGAGGACACCCAUUCCAUGGAGGGCUGGGGCUCAAGUUCAAGUUUCCCGGAGAUCCGAAGAAGCUGCGAGAGGCUUCUAAGACAAAGCUGUGGACAACUUAUUUGAAGGUCCACGGUCGCCACAUCACCCUCUUGCGGUAUCCACAAUGCACACGACUCGUCCAGGUCGGUCUCCCCAACCGUCUACGUGGAGAAAUGUGGGAAACUCUUUCUGGAUCCAUAUUCCUUCGCUUCGCACAUCCGGGUCUCUACGAGCGGAUACUUCAAGAGAAUGCUGGGCGGAUAAACACCGCCACCGAAGAGAUAGAGAAGGACCUGCAUAGGAGUCUGCCGGAGUACUCGGCGUAUCAGUCAGAGGAGGGCAUUGGAGCGCUCAGAAGAGUGUUGCAGGCUUACUCGUUCAAGAAUCCAGAGACGGGGUACUGUCAGGCGAUGAACAUCCUCGCAGCCGCCAUUCUGAUAUACAUGUCAGAAGAGCAAGCAUUCUACUUGUUAGAGAUUAUCUGUGACAGACUGCUGCCAGGAUAUUAUAGUCCUUCGAUGCAUGGAACUCUUUUAGAUCAACGCGUCUUCGAGUCACUUGUGACUCGUUGUCUACCCAUGCUUCAUGAGCAUUUCACGGAGGUGGAUGUUCAGCUGUCCGUGGCAUCACUUCCAUGGUUCCUUAGCUUGUUCAUCAACAGUAUGCCCAUGGUGUUCGCCUUCCGGAUAGUCGAUUGUUUCUUCUGCAUGGGUCCUAAAGUUCUGUUCCAAGUAGGCAUAGAAUUGUCUUGCAGACUGUGCUCAAUCCUCAAAAUCAACGGUGAAAAACUGCUUCAAAUCCAAGAUGACGGAGGCUUCAUCCACCUGAUGCGCGAUUACUUCAGCUCGCUGGGCGACUCUGCUCACCCGAACUCUACAGACCCUCGCGCGCGCGCCAUCACCCGCUUCCAAGAGCUCCUCCUGGUCUCAUUCCGCGAAUUUGCCAUCAUCACUGACGAGACUAUCCAAGCCGAACGCCGCAAGUUCCGCAACGAGGUCAUCACUUCCAUCGAGUCCUUCUCCAAACGGUCUGCUAUUCGGAACCUCAAAACGCUUGAGAGAUUCACUAAGGAUCAGGCGGGUUUGAUCUACGAUGCGGUGUUUGCGGCGAUUUGUGCGGAGCCGGUGCCUGUUGAGGUGGUGCCACCUGUGGCGCCAGCAUUGUUGACGACGAAGGAUACGGCUGAGGAGAGACCGGAGACAAGAAUCGGUUUGAAGACGUUCAGGGUGUUCCUGAGCGAGAUUGCGACUUGGGCGAGGGACGAGAAGAUUGUAACAAACGGAUUCCAGCGACGGGUGGAUCGUGAGGUGGCAGAGCAUGAAUUCAUAGACCGGCUUUUCUUCUUUUGGGACACUUCAUACCGUGGAUCACUUUCUUUCCAGGAUCUCGUGUCUGGACUGGAUGGCGUCAUGUUCAACGACCUCAUGGAAAACAUCGAGUGGUUCUUUAAUCUUCAUGACAAGAACAAGGACGGAUUCCUGACGAAGGAUGAGGUCCUCACCUUAUCCGAGUCUCUUCUCUUCAUUUUCAGAUUCGAGAUCGGUGAUGCUUACCUGGGCGCGAUCAGUCGCUUCAUGACCAAUGCCUUCGAAUACGGCGACGCUCUUCUACCUCAAAAAGAAGGAGCAGACGGCGAGGCACUUGAAUCUCCACAAAUUGAAUCUAACCAACCUUACCUCAACCUUGCCACAUUCCGUAUGGUCGUCCUCGCCGACGAAGUCCUCGAAUCCUUCUUCGAGACCGAUCUCUCCGCUUCUUUCAGACUCGAACCCGUCCCCCUCAUGGAGCUUCCACCUUCCAACAGUGGUUUCCUCGGUGGCAUCUGGUCGAACAUCGCCUCUGAUGACAACAAGAAGCUCUUCCACAAGUUCAGCGACGAGCUGGGAAAGACCAUCGGAAAACACCAGGUCAUCCACCGACCAUCCAUCGGGAGAUACACUACUAUCGAAGAGCCCAAAGCUCGCGAAUCUCUACUUUCGCCCCACAUGCGCCGCACGCCAUCCAAAUCGUCGUUGCAGACCGAGGCGGCUGCGACGGCUGUGGGUGAGACCGGUUCAGUACAGUCUAGCGCGACAGAGUCGACAUUGAGUGUAGAGACGAAGUUGGGACAACCGGUUGAGAAGCCUGAGUUCAGUCCUAUGCCGAUGGUACAGGCUGCUAAUGCGGCCCUGAUGGAGAGAACCGCGUUCGCUAUCGAUGAUGCGAAGGAUGAAGAUGAGGAGGACGAGGAGAGCGGGUUUGGAGUAGGGGAUGACGAUGGUGUCAUGGAUGAGGUGGACGCUUUCCUUGAAGCGCACGACUCUGGCUUGUCUGAAGCAGACAAGAAGCUUGCCGAAGAUCUCAUCAAUGCCGAGCCCGUCAAGUAGUCUUUCUCUUGGAGUUGGCUCAUCGCUGCACGGACAGGCUAUUACGGACCAGAGGAGCUCAGCGUAGACCUCCUUGUCAUUCAUAUCGAUUGCGCAUACUUGUAACACUACACCUUUCCCUUGCAGAGAGCUCAAAGCUUAAUUUAUGGGGUUUUUCAC